CAUGUCAGGUUCGCUGCAGAGAUCCCGCUGGCUCGGCUCUCACGAUUAAUCGUAGGGAUGGUGUUGAUAGCAAGAGGCGACGGGCGGCCAGUUUUACAUGUUUACAUACAAGACAGGACCGGGUGAAAUUACAUUUAUAUGUGUCGAACACAAAUUCACAGCAACCUUACCGUUUGUUGAGGAAGACAACGCUGCCAGGCCGAGGACAACGUUGACGUUACUGAUGGAAUUCCCAGUCGUUGCUAGAUGGAGAAACCGAAAGGGUGGACUCGUUAUUAAUAAUUAAAAAAAACCCAUCUGCUGCUAAAAUACAAGGAAAAUGCAUCUGCAUCAGGUGCUGACGGGAGCGGUAAACCCUGGAGAUUCCUGCUAUUCGGUGGGGAGCGUGUAUGACAUUCCUUUCACGGCCUAUGGCUCAGGUUGUGAUGUAGUGAUCUUGGCCAGUGACUUUGAGUGUGUGCAGAUUAUCCCGGGAGCUCAAAAUGGAAACAUACAGGUGGGCUGUGUGGAGUGCUCCCACCAGCUUGGCAGGAUUGCUGCAUCGUACGGAAACACAGUCUGCAUCUUUGAACCUCUUUCUACCAACCCAAACAAACGCCACAAGCAACUUAACUAUCAGUGGCAAAAGACAGGACAGUUCUUCCUCGAUGCCAUCACCUACAACCUGGCCUGGGACCCACAAGGGAACCGUAUCCUAGCAGCAACUGAGCGGCUCCAGCUGUGGGCUCCUCCACUGACAGAUGCUCUGAUAGAGGAGGAGGAUGGGCAGUUGAAUGAGGACAAGCCCCACCCUGUCCUCAAUGACUGGAAAUGUAUCUGGCAGUGCAAGACUGCUGCAUCUGUUCACAUUGCCAAGUGGUCUCCUGAUGGGGAAUACUUUGCAACAGUUGGAAAGGAUGACUGUUUACUUAAGGUGUGGUAUCCUACCACGGGCUGGCGUUCUGCGGUGGUGGUCCACGACCCCUCCGAUAAAAAGCCUCUUCCUGUUCACUUCUCCUUUGUUUACCUGGCCCAUCCUCGCUCCGUCACUGGUGUGUCCUGGAGGAAGACCAGCAAGUACAUGCCCAAGGGUUCGGUGUGCAAUGUGUUGCUGACAUCCUGCGAGGAUGGUGUGUGUAGGUUGUGGUCAGAGACUGUGCUACCAGACGACAGCCUGCUUGGAGGACAGAUCUCUGACAACACACACUCCUUCAGCUCCAGCUUGCCAGGCCUGGCAGGCAAUAAGGACAAGAUCCAGCAUGCUUUGGAGUCAAUCCACCACCUGAAGCAUCUGCGCCGGGGCCGGCGACGAUCCUCUGCUCUGGUGGCACACAGUGAGCUGCUGCCCUCUCAGCUUGGCACGCAGGAUGCGCACACUCACCGCCACAUAGCUCAUCAUGCCAAUGCCCUGUGUCACUUUCAUAUCUCAGCCAGUAUUAACCCCAACACAGAUAUCCCAUCUGUGCUGCCUGACUCUGCAGUGUUCAACCCAGACGAUGGCACUGGUGGUGGAGGCUUCGUUGUUCACUGGCUCAACAAUAAGGACCUCAGCUUCACUUCCUCCAUGGACCUCUUUAUGCUGCAGCUCCGUAAAUUCUCUGAACAGCAGCUGGACCAGACUACAGAGGACCCCCUGGACCCUGAAGGAUCUCCUAUAAAGUUUGACUUUGACCUGGACGAGAUGUCUGACAAAGGGUCCUCAGAGCACGGUGAAGAGGGUGAGCCAGGGGAGCAGGGGAGCACCAAGGCAUCCUCCCCGGGAUCCAGCUCCAGCAUACCUUUGCCCUCCAUGCUGCUGGAGAGGAAGAUGGAGACUCUGAUCACAGAGUGGAACAAGAGCCCAGAUAUGUUGUUCACCAUCCACCCUACCGAUGGAUCUUUCCUGGUUUGGCAUGUGAAGUACUUGGAUGAAUUCAACCAAGGCAUCUUUAGACAGGUUCAGGUGUCUUUCUCCUCCCGUAUUCAAGUGGCAUUUCCUACAGGUGAUGCCAAUUCACUGAGUAAAAACAUCCUGAUGUAUGCCUUUACUUUGACUGAGAGUGAGCAUACCAGUGCAGAUGACCAGGGGAGGAUGGUCCAACGUGUCUCCCACUCUGCUUCAGCUUCGGCCGGCCUCGGUUCACCCGCACUGGCCUCCUCUCCCAACCCGUGCCGUGGCAUCAGUCCUGCUGUCAUGAUGGUCUCAAAGCAUGUUGAUGGAUCUCUCAAUCAGUGGGCAGUAACAUUUGCUGAGCGCUCUGCCUUCUCCAACGUACUAACUGUGUCACACAAGUUCCGGUACUGUGGCCACCGCUUUCAUCUGAACGACCAAGCCUGCCACACAGUGCUGCCACUGCUGCUGACCUCCUCUCACCAUAAUGCUCUGCUCACCCCUCCCUCAGCCCCUGGCAGCCUGGAAGAUGAGCAACCUCCUACCUUUCCCCAACCAAAGGGACUUCCACGCAGGAAGCAGCUUCGUAAUGCAGCUACAAGGACAUUCCAUGACCCCAAUGCCAUCUACAGUGAGCUUAUCUUGUGGAGGGUGGACCACAUUGGACCCUUGUCCUGCACUGGAGGGGUCUCUGAACUGGCCCGUAUCAACUCUCUGCACACCUCUGCCUUCAGCAAUGUUGCUUGGCUACCUACACUAGUACCCAGCUCUGUUCUUGGAUCUUACUGUAACAGCGCCAGUGCCUGUUUUGUGGCAUCAGAUGGUAAAAACCUGCGUCUCUAUCAAGCUGUGGUGGAUGCCAGAAAACUGCUGGAUGAGCUGUCAGACCCUGAAACGUCUAAACUGGUGGGCGAAGUUUUCAACAUUGUCAGCCAGCAGUCCACUGCCAGACCUGGAUGUAUCAUAGAGUUGGACGUCAUUACAAACCAGUGUGGUGCCAACACCCAGUUGCUGCAUGUCUUCCAAGAGGACUUCAUUCUAGGUUACAAGCCUCAGAAUGAAUCUGAGGCAUACACACCGGCCUUUCCAUCUGGUGAAGAUUACCAACCUGCCCCAUUCUCUGAGAAGUUCUUCCUGGUGGUGAUAGAAAAGGAUCUCAACAGAAACUCUGUCUUGCAGAUGUGGCAUCUGCACCUCAAGUCUGUGCAGGCCUGUGUUGAUGAGCUAAGCCCAGACUUUAGCUUCCAGAGCCAGCUAAUGGUUCCCAGUCAAGUUGUGAAUGCUGACUCUUCUCCAGAGACCUCACCUAUCAGACCACUGCCACGGUCAGCCUCUACAGCCAACUUGCAAUCAGCCAGCAAACUCAUCCUCAGCUCCAAGCUGGUGUACAGCAAGAGGCUCGACCUGCCCCACGGGGUGGAGGUUACCAGGGCCACCCCCUCUGCAGGUCAUCUGAGUUCCUCUUCUAUCUACCCUGUGUGCCUGGCUCCGUACCUGAUUGUCACUACCUGCUCUGAUUCUCGCGUGCGGUUCUGGCACUGUGCUGUGGAGGGGGAUGAUGGGUAUAGCGAGGAGGACCGGGACAACCGUGCAUACCGCUGGGAGCCCUGGGCCCUGAUGAAUGAGGAGGAAGACAACAACAGUGCUGUGUGUGUGUCUGGACGGCCUGUUGCUGUGUCCUGCUCCUACAUUGGCAGGCUGGCCAUAGCCUUUAAAAAGCCAAGACAGGGCCAGCUGCAAGGUUCUGGAGAGGACUUCUCCAUGCACGUGUCCAUCUAUGAGUGUGAAUCUACUGGCGGCUCAGAGUGGGUUUUAGAGCAAACUCUACACUUGGACGACUUUACCAGACCCUCAUCAACCCUGGAUCCAAGAGUCAGUGUGGACUCCAACCUCUUUGUCUACAGCAGGUCUGACCUGUACAUGAGCAGAGACCAUAGCUCCCCCAACAUUAAGCACUACGUUCACUUGGACUGGCUGUCAAAGGAAGAUGGAUCUCACAUCCUCACUGUGGGAGUUGGAUCCAAUAUUCUCAUGUACGGCCGUAUCUCUGGCGUGGUAAAUGAGCCGACUAGCAGCAAGGAGGGAGUGGCUGUCAUCACCCUUCCUCUAGGGGGCAGUAUCAAACAGGGCAUCCGCUCACGCUGGAUCCUACUUCGAUCUGUGGACCUCCUGUCCUCCGUUGACGGCACGCCGUGUCUGCCAGUCUCCUUGUCCUGGGUGAGGGAUGGCAUCCUGGUGGUGGGCAUGGACUGUGAAAUGCAUGUGUAUGCCCAGUGGCAUCAGGACAAGAAGCCUGGGGAGGGAGAGGAGGGCAUCCUAUCAUCUGCAGACAUUGCUGGAACGGUUUCCUCCUCGGUCUUUGAAGGGAGAGCUCGGUCUAAGAGUGUGUUUGAAGGGAGUGCUGCAGUGGAUGAGGCCCUUCGUGCCCCGGCAGGACUUCAGGAAGGAGGACUAUUUGAAGCUGCUCACUCCCUGUCUCCGACUCUGCCCCAGUACCAUCCCACCCAGCUGCUGGAACUCAUGGACCUGGGCAAGGUUCGCCGUGCAAAGGCCAUCCUUGCCCACCUGGUGAAGUGUAUUGCCGGAGAAGUCGCUGUAGUGAGGGAUGUAGAAGCUGGUGAGGGCGGAGCCAGAAGGCAUCUGUCCCGUACCAUCAGUGUGACUGGCAGCACAGCAAAAGACACCAUUGUGGCUGGCCGUGAUGGGGGCAGGGACUACACAGAGAUAAACUCCAUCCCUCCCUUGCCCCUCUAUUCCCUCAUAUUGGCUGACCUUGACACCUCGUACAAGGGAGCGGAAGAGGCUGCUAAGGGAACUAAGGGGGCCGACGGUGAGGGAUCCCAGAAGUCCGCAGAGGACCAGUAUGCUGACCUCUUCCAGGUGCAAACAGUUACCACAGAUGAUUUUGUGAACUUUGCCACCGACAAGCCAGAGAGGAAGUCACGAGUUAUCAACCUAUCUCAAUAUGGACCUACCUACUUUGGUCCGGAGCAUGCUCAGGUAUUGUCCAGUCACCUCAUGCACUCCAGCCUACCAGGACUGACCAGACUAGAGCAGAUGUUCUUGGUGGCCUUGGCUGAUACUGUUGCAACCACCAGUGCUGAGGUCACCAGCUCCACUGACCAACAGUACACAGGUGGCGAGGCUCUCGAUGAGUGUGGACUGAGGUAUUUGCUGGCCAUGCGUCUUCAUACCUGCCUGCUCACUUCUCUGCCCCCCCUCUACCGCAUGCAGCUGCUCCACCAGGGCCUAUCAACAUGUCACUUUGCAUGGGCCUUCCACUCGGAGGCAGAAGAAGAGCUGCUUAACAUGGUCCCAGCCAUGCAGAGAGGCGACCCACAGUGGUCUGAGCUCAGAGCUGUUGGAGUGGGAUGGUGGAUACGCAACAUCAACACUCUGAGGAAAAUGGUGGAGAAGGUAGGUAAAGCUGCGUUCCAGAGACACAACGAUCCUUUAGAUGCUGCUCUAUUCUUCUUGGCCAUGAAGAAGAAGGCUGUGCUGUGGGGACUCUUCAGGUCUCAGCAUGAUGAGAAGAUGACUCAGUUUUUCAAGAACAACUUCACUGAAGACCGCUGGCGAAAAGCAGCUCUGAAAAAUGCUUUCUCCCUGCUGGGAAAGCAGCGUUUUGAACAGUCCGCUGCCUUUUUCCUACUGGCUGGAUCACUCAAAGACGCCAUAGAGGUGUUGCUGGAGAAGAUGGAGGAUCUCCAGUUAGCCAUGAUAGUAGCAAGACUGUAUGAGGCUGACUUUGAGAAUUCAUCCACCUGCCAAGGCCUCCUUUAUGAGAAGGUCCUGGGCUGUAACAAGGAUGGAAGUGGUUACCACUGUUCCAGACUGCACCCUGACCCUUUCCUCCGCAGCAUAGCCUACUGGAUCAUGAAGGAUUAUACCCAAGCCCUAGACACACUGUUGGAACGAAUCCCCAAAGAGGAUGAUGAGAACCCUGAUGUGAUGGUGAAAGCUUGCAACCCUGUGGUGUUUAGUUUCUAUAACUACCUGAGGACACACCCUUUGAUCAUCCGUCGCCACUUUGCAAAUCCAGAGGCUCCUGCGACAACUGUGGGCCUCACUGCUGAGAAAAGCAGUGCAGUUGAGAUCAACCUUAUAGAGCGCAAACUGUUCUUCACUACUGCCAAUGCACACUUCAAGGUCGGAUGCCCAGUUCUGGCUCUGGAAGUGCUUUCUAAAAUACCCAAAGUUACCAAGAAAUCUAGCUCCUCCCCCCUCAGCAAAGCUUCAUCCAAAGCCAACUUGAACUCCAGCCAACCCCUGGAAAAUGGCACCCAGGGAGGCGUGGAAUGGGGCUCCCCUGCAGCCAAUGCCUGGGGAGGAAAUGAUAGUGCGGGUGGGUUGGACUGGAUCCAGCCUUUGGUCAAGGUGGAGGAAGACACUCUGAAGCUGGACUGGGAAGAAGACAAGGAAGAUGAUGAAGAAGAGGAUGAUGAUGGUCUGAGUAUGAAGAAACCAGAGGCUGAGACCAAAGGAGACGAAGUCGCACAGGGUGAGUCAGAGGUGGACGUGAUAGCAGAGCAGCUGAAGUUUCGCGCCUGUCUGAAGAUCCUGAUGACAGAACUGCGUACUUUGGCAACAGGCUUUGAGGUGGAUGGAGGGAAGCUCCGCUUUCAGCUCUACAGUUGGCUAGAGAAGGAGAUAGCAGCCAUGCAUACAAUCUGCAACUACAAGGUGGAGGGGAAGGAGGAGGAUUCAGAGGUGGAGCGCUGGAGAGAGCGUACAGCAUCAGUGGACAUAUCAGACGAUGCCCUGGAGCGCACAGAGGCCGGGGCUUACGAGCGUCACCAGAUGGAGCGACGUCGUCUUCAGGCCAAGCAGCAGCACUCUGAGAGGCGCAAGGCGUGGCUGAGGAAGAACCAGGCGCUGCUGAGGGUGUUUCUGUCCUACUGUAGCCUUCAUGGAGCCAAGGGAGGAGGAGUCACCUCUGUUCGCAUGGAGCUUCUAUUCCUUCUGCAAGAGAGCCAGCAGGAGACCACAGUUAAGCAGCUGCAGUCUCCUCUGCCUCUGCCUACUACACUGCCUCUGCUAUCAGCUUGCAUUGCCCCCACCAAGACGGUCAUAGCCAAUCCAGUUCUUCACCUCAGCAACCACAUUCACGACAUCCUCCACACCGUCACCUUAAUGGAGACCCCGCCGCAUCCUGACAUCAUAGAUGAUCGGGUGAAUGCUCUGCACACUCUAGCAGCAUCUCUGUCUGCUUGCAUCUAUCAAGCACUGUGUGACAGCCACAGUUACAGCAGCCAGACAGAAACCAACCAGUUCACAGGGAUGGUGUACCAGGGCCUGUUGCUCAGUGAGAGGAAACGACUCCGUACAGAAAGCAUUGAAGAACAUAUUACUCCCAACUCUGCUCCUGCACAGUGGCCAGGUGUGUCAUCCCUGAUUUCUCUGUUGACGUCUGCCAGAGAGGAGGACCAGCCGAGGCUCAACGUGCUGCUGUGUGAAGGGGUCAUGGCUGUUUAUCUAGCACUGCUCAUUCAUGGUCUGGGCACUCACAGCAGCAAUGAACUCUUCCGCCUUGCAGCACAUCCCCUCAACAACCGCAUGUGGGCCGCAGUCUUUGGGGGAGGGGCCAAAGUCGUUAUUAAGCCAAAGAGGCCUGAGACCCCACCAGUGCCAGCUGAUUUUGAGGCAGCCAGGCCAGAGGACUCUCAAGAGGCAGGAAGACCUGAGCAGAGCAGCCUCACCCCAAACCCCACUCCCACCCCCACUGACACCCAGCGCCCCAAACGACCCCCUCCUCCCGUUUCAAGGGGAGAGGGGUUGGGCACUGUGGCACAAGCAACUAAAGCCAGCUCAACAGCUGGGCCUAGCAAGGAGUGUUCAGAGGCCAAGGCUGAUCAUCCGUCUCAGACUAAAUCUGAAUCUGAGACUGAACCAGUGGCUCCCCCUCAGCCCCCAGCGGAGGAUGUGGACCGAUACAGACGUAGGUUCAACAUGAGGAUGCUUGUUCCUGGGCGCCCUGUAAAGGAAACACCAGCCACCCCACCUCCUGUGCCCACAGAGAGACCCACAUACAGGGAGAAGUUCAUUCCCCCAGAGCUGAGCAUGUGGGACUACUUUGUGGCCAAACCCUUCCUGCCGCUGUCAGACAGCAAUGCUCUUUGUGACUCAGACGAAAGCGGCGCAGAGGAUGAUGAAGGUGACGACGACGCCUUCCUUUCUGACACACAGAUAACGGAGCACUCUGACCCCAACUCCUACAGUUGGUCUCUGAUCCGCCUGGUCAUGGUGAAACUGGCUCAUCACAACGUCAAGAACUUUCUCCCUCUCACUGGCCUCAACUUCACAGACCUGCCAGUCGUCUCCCCUCUUAGCAACGCUGUGUUAAAGACCAUAGAGAAUUGGGAGCAGCUUCUGCUGGAGCGAAUGAACAGCUUUGACGGACCGCCUCCCAACUACAUCAACACUUACCCUACCGACCUUAGCGCAGGAGGUGGCCCCGCCAUACUCCGACACAAGGCCAUGCUGGAGCCAGACAACACACCCUUCAAGACAAAGAACCAUCAGUCCUUUCCAGCCCGACGCCUUUGGCAUUUCCUGGUCAAACAGGAAGUUCUUCAGGAGACUUUGAUCCGUUACAUCUUUACUAAGAAAAGGAAGCAGAGUGAGGUGGAGGCAGAUAUGGGCUACCCAGGAGGCAAAGCUAAAAUCAUUCAUAAGGAGUCUGAUAUAAUCAUGGCCUUUGCCAUCAAUAAGUCUAACUCCAACGAGAUAGUGUUAGCCUCCACUCAUGAUGUUCAGGAGGUGGACGUGUCUACUCUGGUGGCUGUCCAGCCCUACACCUGGAUAGGGGACGACAUGGAUAAGGAGUCCCGCAGCUCUGACGACAUAGAUCACCGUUCUUCUCAAACCAACAUCGCCCAGUCAAGCUCUGUACCCUUUGCACCGCCGCAGAUCCCAGUCUCUGCAUCCAUGCCAUGGCUCGGCAGUGGGCAGACCAGCAUGGGAGCCAGUGUGAUCAUGAAGAGGAAUCUAAACAAUGUGAAGAGAAUGACAUCCCAUCCCAUAUAUCAGUAUUACAUGACAGGGGCUCAGGACGGUAGUGUGAGAAUGUUUGAAUGGAACAGACCACAGCAGCUUAUUUGCUUCAGACAGGCAGGCAACGCUAGAGUCACCCGGCUCUAUUUCAACUCCCAGGGCAAUAAGUGUGGAGUUGCUGACGGAGAGGGCUUCCUCAGUCUCUGGCAAGUCAACCAGACAUCCUCCAACCCCAAACCCUACCUGAGUUGGCAGUGCCACACUAAGACCUGUGGGGAUUUUGCCUUCAUCACAUCCUCAAGUCUCAUCGCCACUGCCGGACAGUCCAGUGAUAACAGAAAUGUUUGCCUGUGGGAUACUCUGAUUUCACCUAGCAAUACCAUGGUCCAUGCGUUCCCCUGCCAUGAGAACGGGGCCACUGUGCUGCAGUAUGCUUCUAAACAGCAGCUUCUCAUCACUGGAGGACGAAAGGGAUUUGUGUGUGUGUUUGAUAUCCGCCAGAGGCAGCUGCUACACACUUUCCAGGCCCAUGACUCAGCCAUCAAGGCCCUUGCACUGGAUGCCUUUGAAGACUUCUUCGUCACUGGCUCUGCAGAGGGCAACAUGAAGGUGUGGAAGUUAUCCGGCCAUGGACUCAUGCACUCUUUUAGCACCGAGCAUUCCAAGCAGUCUAUCUUUCGCAACAUUGGUGCCGGUGUCAUGCAGGUGGAAACCCGGCCCGGUAACCGCAUCUUCACCUGUGGAGCAGAUGGCACCCUAAAGAUGAGGGUCCUCCCUGACCGCUACAAUAUCCCCAGCAGCUUGGUUGACAUCCUGUAACGCCUACUUCCACUUCUGAGGGUCCAAAGAGAAAAGAGGCGGAAAGAAAAAACACAAAAAGCUUACGUAACACUUGCUAGGAAUUGAUAGUAUAAUUGAUUGGGGAAGAGGUAGUCAAAGGAUCACCAUGCUUUUGGCAUCUUUUAGAGUGUAAUGGGUUUACUGUUGAUGUAAAUCAUAUGCACAAUGGAGAACGGAGCUGCAAAUAUUUUUUUCCCCCCCAAAGGCUGAAAGCAAAGUUACAAGAAAAAGGUCUCAUACUUGAUUUUAAAAGCUAGUUUUAUUGUAAUUUUAUUGAAAAAUCUCUACUCUUAGAGUGUGUCCAUAGGGAAGCUAUGCAUGUCCUGUUCUCGUUACGCGGUGCAAUCACAGGUCUAUUGAUAGUGCUCUGUAAAAGUGCUCAAGCAAACAUUUUAAAAGUGUUUAACUGUCGUCAUUUUGUGCCCACAGCUGAAAUCUCUUAGCAUCUACUGUAACCAGCACUGUGGUUUGUUAUUAAGUCAGUGGUUUCCGGUGUGAAUCGAGUUGUUGGAAUCUGCAUUUUUGUUUCAAUGGUUUUGGCGCCCACCCCCUGCCUUUUUGCCCGGCUUUUCCCAGCCCUUAUGGAAGAGUUGAUGGUGCAUUGCUCCUAUAGUGACACCCCACCCCACCCUCCUUUCACUUGCUGCCCUUCACCCACUCUGGCCUCUUCUGGUUUGGGCUCGACCCGGCUCGGUUUGGCCCCGUGAGUGUGUGUCUGUCAUCUGUACGCCUGCCCGCCCACCUGCCUUCAAAUGCCUGUUUGUGUGGCUGACUCACUGCUAGAACAUUCCUGUUUGGACGAUGAUGUGUUUUACUCCUGUGACUGUGAUUUCAAUGUUUCCAUCUGUCUGGUACAAACCCGAAUGCCCCCCCUCACCCCACCCACCUCACCCUCCAGAGCAGAAACACAAAGGUUCACUUCUGGUUUUGCACAAGAUAUAAUUUUUUUUUUUAAUUGUAUUUAAAUUAUUUAUAUGUUUGUGUUUGUUUGGUUGACCAUUCCUGUUUAACGUAUUGCCUUUCAUUUUAGGAAUGUAAGGGGUUUUACUGUAUCUGACUGGGAGAUGUGCAACACAGUCUACUGUACGUUAGUGUGUGUGUGUGUUACCUCGCUAGUUGUUUUUACUGUUUUAUCCGUAAGGAAUAGAUAUUUGCACUCAAAUUCUGGAGACACUAAUUGUUUAUUUCAAAUAAAUAGGAUAUUGAAGAAGAAAAUGUUACAUACAAAUGAAUGUCUGGCUUUAUUUGGCCUAGUAGUAAAACGUUUGAAAUAGUUUUAAUAUAUAAAUUAUAUAAAUAUAUAUAUAUAAAUCCCACAACAGCUUGUACAAACAUGAAAGCAUUUCUUUAUUUUUUGGUUUGUAUCAUAACAGCUGGAUUAGUUGUAACUUUUGUGUAUGUAUGGUAUUUAUUAAAGAGAUUUGUGUUUCUCUCCUUC